CAAGGAACGUCAGGAAGAAUGCGGCGCAUGCGCUCUUCUCCUCUCUCUCCCGGCCGUCUAUUGUGAGCUCGCGGCCGCUUAUCUCUCGCCGUCGGAAUUCUCGCGGGGGGUGGUGGUGCUUCAAACCUCGCGAGAGGUGGUCGCGAGGCGGUUGGCGCGGAGGCUCCUCUCGUCUCGUCUUCUCGGUCGCCUCAGGAAAAGGGCCUCAUUUCUUUCCUCGCGCCUUCCUUUUUCUCUCUCUCCCUCACGGCCGCCAUCCCACCGCGCCAUGUCUCGCUACCUGCGGCCUCCCAACAGCUCGCUGUUCGUGCGGAACGUGGCCGACGACACCAGGUGCGUGUCUGAAGACUUGCGCAGAGAAUUUGGCCGUUACGGUCCAAUAGUUGAUGUAUAUGUACCUUUGGAUUUCUACACACGUCGUCCAAGAGGAUUUGCUUAUGUUCAAUUUGAAGAUGUCCGUGAUGCUGAAGAUGCCCUUCAUAAUUUGGACCGGAAGUGGAUUUGUGGCCGCCAAAUAGAAAUCCAGUUUGCACAAGGAGAUCGGAAAACACCAAACCAAAUGAAAGCUAAGGAAGGAAGAAAUGUGUACAGCUCUUCCCGUUACGAUGAUUAUGACAGAUACAGGCGUUCCAGAAGCCGCAGUUAUGAAAGGAGGAGGUCAAGAAGCCGUUCUUUUGACUACAGCUAUCGCAGAUCUUAUAGUCCUAGAAACAGUAGACCUGCUGGAAGACAUCGCCGUAGCAGAAGUCAUUCAGAUAAUGAUAGGUUCAGACACCGUUACAGGUCUUUUUCAAGGUCAAAGUCCAAUUCAAGAUCACGAUCUAAGUCACCACCCAAAAAAGAAAUGAAGGCUAAAUCACGUUCUAGGUCUGCAUCUCGCACUAAAUCUAGAGGCACCUCUAAAAUGGAUUCUAAGACAGAGUAUAAGUCCAGCUCAAGAUAUGAAAAAGAUUCAAGGAAAAAAGAACCAGCUAGAUCCAAAUCUCAGUCAAGAUCGCAUUCUAGAUCUAGAUCAAAAUCCAGGUCAUGGGCUAGCCCCAAGUCCAGUGGCCACUAACAGUGUACCUUGUUUUAUCAGGCAUGUAUCAUCAAGUUAACAUAGUUGAGUUAUGAUGUUGCAACAUUGCUUUAAAAUAAUGUCAGUUAUCCCUGUAAGCAGGCAGUUACUAUUAAAAUAAGAUAUGAGAAUCUCACACACAAGACUCCAUUUUGUUAAACAUCAUGGGCAGCUAUUGAAGUCCUUGUGGUGUUUCUUUGUAUUUUUUUAUAGAAGACCUGCAUUUUUAUGCUGAAGAUAUGUAUGGUACCUUGAGUAACAUCUUAGUUUUCAGCAUCAUCCUAACAACCUCUUACAUUUAAAAAAAAAUCCCUUGUCCAUUAGUCUGUGCUGCUGUAAAACCGGGCAGCCCUUAAGCAAUGGUGACUGCUGUGUAAUAAAGACUAAUGACUUCAAGUGCAUAAAGGAGUGCAUUUGUCCAUGCCUGUUCUGGCUUUCUCUGGUGGCAUUGUGAAGGAUGGAAUCAGGGUGCUCUGAUAAUUUCUGAAGGCAUGGUUCUGAUAAUAUGACAGAAGAAGCAACCAAGUCAUGAGAAUGUACUGUGGAUUCUGUCUAGACUGCAGUGCUCCUUGACCAAUAUGUUAACUCCAGAAGCAAAAAUACUGAAAUAGUUAAAAGAUGCAUACAUUUCUAUGCAUUAUAAAGUGUAAGUUAAGUUUUAGUAGGCCAGUAGUCACAAAUUGCUUAAGUUUUCUUGUUGUAUUAAGUGCAAAUAAAACAUCUUAAAUUAGCACAGACAAUAUGUAAGAGCUAAACUUUUAUACCAGUGACUUCAUAGGUUUCUUGUACUGUAUGUCCCUAAGUACCAAUUACUAGCCAUGUAACUGACAAUUUGAGUUCACACAUUAAAAUCCACAUAGCAGGUCAAGUGAGUCUCUGUGCAAGAGACAAAAAGGAGUAUAAGUGUUCCUGUUGCAAAAUAGCACAUCUUAAGUGUGUUCAUAUUAUAUGAAGAGCUAUUAAAGUUCCUUUUGGCUUACAACACCAUAUCAAAACUCAAUACAAGAGGUUGCCAUGACAUAAUAUCAAAGUAUUUCCUCAAGUACUGAAUGCAGCUUCUCUGUUGAAACGUGAAAGCCAGUAUUGAAGCCGUUAAAGGCCCUCUGUCUCUGUUUAGUAGGCUAACUGUAUGUUGAUGAAACAUUGGUUUCCAUAAGUCUUUAGUUAUUGUAACAGGCCACAGGAGUUAAGGUGGCUUUUGAAAUUCUGGCUGUGGGAUGUGUUUAAGGGAUGAUUCUAGAAACUUUGUAUAUUUGAUAGUGUUUCUAACUUUCAUUUCAUGUUAAAAGUUAAUGUUCUUCUAUGCAAUCAUUUAUAUCUUGUGUUACUUUUAAUUUUUUUCUAGACGUCUCCCUGAUGUAUAGUUUAAAAUGGAAGUUUAAAAGUAGCGUUACUGUGCAGCUCUGGUCGGAAGAAAGUUGUGGAAAUAAACUUUGUAUUUCCUUUCUUACAGAGGCUUCUAAAAGGGUAUUUUUAUAUGUUCUUUUUAAAAUAGUGUGUACUACUUUAAAACAUCAAUGUUUGGAUUAAAGAUCUAGCUUUU